AUGACUAUUUCCUCGCGCCACCGUGCAUCAGCGCUAACCUGCCAUAACCCAGAUUCACGGAAACACGUCCUCUUCAAACUUGUUAGCACAACAACGUCAGCACGGCUGCUCGUCUUCAUUCCCAAGCGAGGCAACUUGUUUGGCGUUGCAGCAUCGGGUGCCAAGGACUCAGACGGUCUUGGAUGGCAGAGUUUCUCUGCGGCACGCAGAUUUGGAGGUAACGGCAACCUUGAGACCAUCGUCCUCCAACCACGUCUUCCGGCGCAGCACCAUCACGCAAUUCCCAAGCAUCAAGUCGCAGGGUCGGCUCAGAACCCGCCGGAUCAUGCUAGGGCAUCAAGAGAUCGGGAUCAGGAUAUGAGCGUCUGGGUAAGGAGCAAGAAGAUCAUCAUCAAACAUGAUUCUUGUCUUCCUGCCACCGUUUCGCAGACCAGCAGGAUGUGA